UUUUGAAACAACACACGUCUGUCCGUCGUGAGCCUAGGCAGCUAUCCAGCUGUUAGCCUCCGCCUACGAAUGGGAGCCGAACGAUAGGUCUCAUUCUCGUCCAAGGACAAAUACAGUACUUCGUCGACCCUUCCAUUGAUAUCGUUUCCUGUUUUACAUGGUUCGCUAAAGGCUGUGAUACGGAAGUUAAAGUCUACUUGGCACGGUGUUUUACAUCAAGAUCACGAUGCAUUCACCCCCAUUAUCGAAAGCAGGCAACUCUGCUUACCAUGAUGCUACCAGUGUCUACACACAUAUUGCUGAUCCCAAUGAGCGGCGUCGGAUGGCGCUUGCCGAGGUUGAUAAGGCACCAUUUGGGUGGUACCACGUGCGACUUGCUGUUGUCACUGGUAUUGGAUUCUUCACGGAUGCGUAUUCAUUAUUUGCCAUCAAUUUGGCUGUGAUAAUGCUCGGUAUAGUCUACUGGCAAGAUGACGUGAACAAAGGCGUCAUGCCUCACAAUGCCGACACUGCGAUCAAAGUUGCUACGUCUGCUGGAGCCAUAUUUGGUCAAGUCAUCUUUGGCUACCUUGCCGAUGUUUUGGGGCGGAAAAAGAUGUACGGCGUUGAACUUAUGAUCAUCAUUUCCACAACGUUGGCGCAAUCGCUUUGUGGAGAAUCAACCGCUGUCUCCGUCGUGGGAGUCCUCAUUUUCUAUCGUGUAGUCAUGGGAAUUGGCGUGGGAGGAGACUAUCCUCUCAGUGCUGUAAUCACUGCGGAAUUUGCCAGCACCAGAAAUAGAGGUGGAAUAAUUGCCGCCGUUUUUGCCAUGCAAGGCCUCGGGCAAUUAGCCGCCGCGCUCAUGGCCCUGGUCGUGGUUGCUGCAUAUAAGAAAGACCUGAUGGCUGUUCCAGAUGUGGCAUCCUGCAGCGGCGACUGCGUUGCGGCCGUUGACAAGAUGUGGAGGAUCAUCAUCGCAUUUGGGGGAAUCCCUGGCUGGUUCGCCCUCUACUACCGUCUCACCAUUCCUGAAACUCCACGAUAUACCUUCGACGUUCUGUAUGACGUUGAAAAGGCCUCUAUGGAUACUCGUCGCUACCGGUAUGGAAAAGCAGGUAAUACGGUAAACCCUGUUGAGCAAGCUCAAGUCCGACGUGACAUGGCCAAAUACAAGACCCCGCGUCCAACUGUUGGGGAGAUAUUCCGCUACUACUCAAAGAAACGCAACUUUAUCAGACUUUUCGGAACAUCAUUCUCAUGGUUCUUUCUCGACUUGGCAUUCUAUGGUCUCAGCUUCUCGAGCGCAAGUCUUCUAAGCACCAUGGGCUUCGACAAGAGGGGGAGUCUUUACGAAAACCUAAGAAACACGGCAACAGGGCAAGUGGUUCUUAUCUGCGCCGGCGCGAUACCUGGUUAUUGGAUGACAGUGUUCACAGUCGACCGCCUCGGCAGAAGACCAAUCCAGAUUGGCGGCUUCGCCAUCCUCACAAUCAUCUUCUGCGUUCUAGGAUUUGCAUGGAAGGGGCUUACCAAGAUCCAUCUGUUGGCGCUCUACGUGCUGGCUCAAUUCUUCUUCAAUUUCGGCCCAAACGCCACAACGUUCAUCACCCCAGCCGAAAUCUUCCCCACCCGUGUCCGCUCAACCGGCCACGGCAUAUCUGCCGGCUUCGGCAAGCUAGGCGCCGUCAUCGCACAGAUCUUCUUCGCCCCCAUGAUCAAGCGCGGCGCCACGCACGAUAAUCCCACCCCCUGGAUCCACGGCGUCAUGC